AUGGAAAAAGAAAACUGGAUUUCAGAGUUUAAGAUAAUGGCUAGGCAUCGUCAUAAAUCAGUUGAAAUUAUGUCAGCCGAUAAUUAUAAAUAUUAUCGACGACCAGUUAUACCUUUUUUAAUACCAGAAACACAAAAUGAAGACAUUCCUGAUCAUAUUAAUCAUGAUAUCUUGAAUAAUGUAGUAAGAAAUGCACAGAAACAAUGUUACACAUUUUCACCUAAAUUAGAAGCACAUAAAAAUGUUGGAAUUCAAACCGAUUAUCGGGAUAGCGAAUCGCAAACUGUACCAUGGGAACCACCAUAUACCAUUAAGUCAGGUCAUAAUCCUGAAGUAUUAACAAUAGCACAUUUAAGUUGGGAUCAUGGUUUACCAGCUGGACUUCAUGAAAUAGAAAUUAUUAAUAGAAUGAGAAUGAAAAGGGCAUGGGAAGCAAUCCUUCCUCCUAUGGAUACAUUAACUAAUAUAAAAAUACGUUCUGCUAUAUUAACAAAAUUGGAAAUAGACGAAUGGGCAUUUAGAGAAUCAGAGAUUCAAGCGAUAAUAGAUUAUAGACUCGAGCUUAUGGAUAAAAUAUCAAAAUCUCAUGAAUGUGAAAAAGAAAAGAAAGUAGAAGAUCGCUUGGACAGGUUGAAAAUCCUUUUAUCCAAACGUAGAGACAAAGAAGUAAAUGCUAUUAAACAUAAUCUUAGAAGAGAAUUAAGAAAACUUCAUAAAAAACAUUACCAAAAGCAACGAUUUGUUAAACGUGAUAUUAUUAAAGAACAUAUCGAUCCAACAUCUGAAAUAUAUGCACCACAAAUGCGUUAUGGUGAACAUCCUCAAAGAAGGCACGAAGUAAUACGAAAAGAAUUAUUGAGAGAAAGUUACAUUGAAAGUGUAGAUAAAAUAAAUACAUUGCCAAAUUGGCUUCCAACGUAUGAAGACCUGAAAGCAAUUAGACCAAAGCCUAAACCAGCCGAUUUUUGUAUCAGAGAAACAAGAUGGACAGAAGAGAAACUUAAACAGUUAUAUUCUGAUUUGAGGGAAAUUAGAUUAAACGUUGAACAAGUGGAAACAUCGACAUUAUUGAAGCGCAAAUACAAACCACCAUCAUUGCCAUCUACACCGCAUAUUUUAAGUACAGAAAAUGCAAAAGACACGCACAUAGAUGAAUUAUCUACUCUUGUGCAAAAAAUAGUUAAAGGAAGAGCUCUUCAAUGCUUGAUGUUCAAAGGUCGCAAUAGAUGCAGAGAAUUAAUCGAAGAAUUGCAGUCGUUUCACGUACUAGAAGAACAAUCGAAAAAUCAAUGUCAAAAAGAAAAAGAAUGCACGAUAAAUUUACAGCAUUUACAAAAUGAAAAAUCUGCACAAGAAGAUCAUUUGUGCGAAGUUCUAAAUUCUUUAGAAGGAAUGACUGUUUCAGGAAUAUUGGAUUUUCUUAGUAAAGAAUUGAUAAGAUUGGAAGACGAACGUCGAAUACAUGCUUUUGCAUUAUUAGCUGAGAGAAAGAGAGCUAUGAAAGAAGCAGCAGAAGCUGGAAGACGUCAAUUGGAAUACAAUCGUCGUAGAGUGUUUGAUGAAAUGUUUAGGCAAAUUGUAAAAGUUCAUCAAGAGUCUGUGGAAAUCUAUUUAGAAGAUAUUAUAAAAGAAGGCAUCGAAUGGACAUCGGAUGAGGCAGCCAAAGAAUAUAUUUUAGACCUAUGCGAUAAAGUGGACGAUAUAUCGAAAUGUGCCCAAGACAAUGCAACAAGGAUUGCGGAAGAAGAACUGGUAACAAACAUGAUUUAUAACUUUGUAUUACCCGAAGUAGAAAAAAGUACUAUACGAAAAGCUAUAAAAGAAAAACAACAAAGUUAUUUGCGAAAUGCGCAUGCAGUAAUUUAUGACCAGAUAUUAGAUUUACCACCUAUUGAAAAUAUAAAUUUGUCCAACGAGAUGUGUACAGAAACAUGUUAUGAAAAUGAUUCAAUUAUUGUAUCGAAUUCAAAGAAAAUUUUCGAACCUUGUUCAACAACGGAUGCUACAGAAGAACGAUUAGAGUCUCUAAACGCAAUUGUUUUACAGGACAUAGAGUCAAUAUUGAAAGAUGUCAUAUCAAAUGUUGUUUGA